AGUCCACUCCAGAACUGGACCCAACUGAGCGGAACUUAACCUCCAGAAGGCAGACCUACAAGAGAAUACUUCAUUGACUUCAGGUGUCCAAGCCCUUCGAUCUUCUAAAAUUGCUGGCAAAGCCACCCUCUCUAACAAAAGUAAUAACUCAGUAAGAUUGGUGACCUCCCUGUCGAACAAAUUCCUUCGAAAACGCAAAUCCCAUCCCUGUGUUUCCAAGCCCCUUUCUCCACCAAGAACCACCACAUCCUUAAUCAAACAGUUGUUGGGCGAAGAUAUCAAAAAUAAAUUUGGAAAUUGAUUCUUUAAAGGAGCCCUGUUAAUCCAAAUAUCUUCCCAGAAGCGAAUACGAUCCCCUUUUCCCACCUUGAAACUAACCAGCUGAAGAUAAUCCUCAUAGAGAGAAGAAAUAUUUUUCCACGGCCCUGAACAGACAGCCUCCCUCCUCUACCAGUGUCCCAAAACCCCCCAUCCCCCCCGUAUCUAAUCAGCACCACUCUAUGCCACAAAGUAUUCUUUUCCAACGGAAAACGCCACAGCCACUUCAUGAGCAAAGCCUUAUUUCUUUCCUCCAAAUUGCCAAUACCAAGGCCACCGUGGUCCCUAGAUUUACAAACUUCUUUCCAAGAGACCAAAUGAUCCGACUUAGUUUGAUCCGCACCUUCCCAAAGAAAGUCCCGCAUUAGUUUUUCCAAAACCUCUACUACCCCUUUAGGAAUACGGAACAACGACAAAUAAUACACCGGAAUUGAAGAAAGGAUCGAUUGGAUAAGUGUCAAUCUACCUCCCUUCGAAAGGAAAGCACACUUCCACCCAUCCAACCGCUUUGCACAGCUAGAAACCACAGGCUCCCAAAAACCUUUGUUGCGAGGGGAAGCCCCGAGAGGAAGACCCAAAUACUUCAUAGGCCACUGACCCACCUCACACCCAAUCUCCUUUGCCUGAAGAUCCACUAAUUCCUCCUCGAAAUUUAUCCCCAACAACUGGCAUUUAUGCAAAUUAAUUGAAAGUCCAGAAAUCUCGCUAAAGGCUUUCAGAAUAUCCAACAAUGCUGACAGAGACUCAUUAUCUUCCACAAAGAAAAUCGUAUCGUCCGCGAACUGAAGAUGGCUAACUUCCACUGGAUCCUUUCCUACUUUGAAACCUCGUAACGCGAAAACGCUCUUGGCCUUAUCCACCAUCCUUCCCAAAACAUUCACAACCAAUGUGAACAAGAAAGGUGAGAGGGAGUCCCCUUGGCGAAGACCUCUAGAUCCCUUAAAUUUUCCUCUCGGUCUCCCAUUUAAGAACACAGAGAAAGUAGCAGAAGACAAACAUCCUCGCAUCCACUUCCUCCAGACUACACCAAAACCUUUCUUGUCCAAAACGUAACCCAGGAAAUCCCAAUCUACACAAUCGUAAACUUUAGCAAAAUCAAUCUUAAAAACCCACCCCUUCUUUCCUCUACUCCGAUACUCCUCCACCGCUUCAUUAGCUACCAGCACUGUAUCCAAAAUCUGCCUACCCUCUACAAAUGCUCCUUGAGUCUCUGCUAUCGUAUCAGAAAGAACUCCUCUGAGACGUCCAGCAAGCACCUUUGAAAUUAUUUUGUAGAGACUAGUCACCAAACUGAUUGGCCUGAAAUCUCGGACCCGACAACUAUCCAGCUUCUUCGGGAUAAGACAAAUGUAUGUUUCAUUGGUCUUCCCAUGAAUAACCCCGUCCUUAAAGAAACCAUCGAACACUGCUUGGAGAUCAUUCUUAACCGUUUCCCAAUUGUCCUGAUAGAAUGCCAUAGAGAAACCAUCCGGACCCGGAGCCUUAGACCCAUUGCAAUCGAAAACUGAACGACGAAUUUCGUCUUCCGAGAAAGGCCGCUCAAGGAGAGAGGACAAGAAAGAGGGAAUAGGCUCCCAAGAAAUACCUUCCACACCACUCCACCUCCUAUGAACCGAAGAGUACAACGAGGAGUAAAAAUCUACAAUUUCCUUUUCAAUAUCCACAACUUUGUCAAGGAAAGUCCCAUCCUCAAGUUCAAUUCUGGAGAUGAAAUUCCUAGCCUUCCGAGCGCUAAGGAUGCUAUGAAAGAGCUUAGAAUUAGAAUCUCCUUGCUUAGCCCAUUGACAUUUCGACUUAAACCAAACUCCUCUUUCCUCUUCAAAGACAACUUGCUGCCACUCUUCCUUAGUCUUCCUCCGCUCCAAAAGUAGGACGUCAUUCCACUGUCCACUUUCCUCUAAUCUAUCCAAAUCGAACAUCCUUUUUUCCAAGGAAAGUUUUAGCAAAGAUCUUGACCUGAAAACCUCCCUACUCCACCUCUUAACUUUUCCUUUAACCAACGAAAGUUUUUUCAUGAAACCAUAUCCCGGCCACCCCACCAACGGAGACGAAUUCCACCACUUCUGACAAAGAGCCUUGAAAUCCUUAUGCUCUAGCCAGGAGUUAUCAAAUCUGAACGGGCUGGGGCCCCACGAAGGAGGAUUGGAAUCCAACACAAUAGGAUAAUGAUCGGAGACAAUACGAACCAACACCUCUUGACGAAUGAAAGGAUAAAACUCAGACCAUAAAGGCGAAAAUAAAAAUCUGUCGAGCCUACUACAAACAGGCUGCUGUCUGAAGUUAGUCCAAGUGAAGCGACCAUUAUGGAGCUUUGGAUCCACCAGUUUCAUCUCUCUGAUUAACUCAUCAAAAUUCUUCAUACUUCUCGUAUUGGUCACGCUAUUUAGUUUCUCAUCUCCCCUCCUUACUACAUUAAAAUCUCCCCCCAAACACCAAUGAGUACCACCAAUGACAUGUAAACCUGCUAACUCAUCCCAAAAACUAUCCCGAUUACCAUAAGUUACAGGCCCGUAAACACCGGAAAACCACCAAGGGUUCUUACCCUCAGCUUCAAUAAGAAUGGAAACAGUGAACUCCCCUACCAAAGAAUCCGAGACCGAGACACUAUGAGUAUCCCAAACCACUAAAGUCCCACCUGAUCUUCCUAUUGCCGGCUGAAAUAUCCAAGCUUUAAAUCUGGACCUCCAAAUACUCCCUAUGAAACUCCUAUCUAUAUUAACCCUUUUCACCUCUUGAAGCACAACAAGAUCUGGAUUGACCUUGCAAAUGGUUUCUUUAAUCGCCCUCCGCUUCUCCUUAUUGCCACUACCCCUUACAUUCCAAGAUAGGAUCUUUAUGAAAAUUUUCGAUACCCAACGUUCCUCUUCUUAUCAUAAUUAAUAUUGAACUCUAGUUUCUUAAGUUCACGUGCACUCUUUAUAGGCAAAGAGGAAGGGCUCCCGUUUCCUUUCUCCCCUUCAUUACUAUUAAAUAAUGAAAUUCCAAACGUUUCCAUCACCAUAGCCAACCUUGAGAAUUCACGAGGACUGUUCACCUGUUCCACAGAAACUUUCUCUGAACCCACGAUCUCUUCCUCGACACCCGGAACCUGUUUAACCUCAACACCUUCCUUUUUAUCUUCUUCGACCCACAACCUUCUAGCUUGGACUAUAAUAUCUUCCAUAUCCUCCCUGUCUACAUCAGAGUCCAAGUCUAAAUCCUCCUCCUCUGAACUACAAUUUUCCAAAAGGCCAUCUUCCACUGGAAAAAUGAGCUCAUCCUCUCCCAAAAAUUGUUCUGUAGCCAUUGUAGUCUCAAGCUGUUCUUCUAAAAGAGAAUUACACUCUGGAACUAAACCUUUUGACUUCCGACGAUACACUUUCAGGCUUUUAGGUACUAACCCUUUGCUCGUUUCUACCUUUUCUGAUUGAAGAAGAGAAGCCUCUCCUCGUCUUGAAACUUUUCCUGAAUGGUCUGUCCAAAGACUGAUACUGCCUUUGCCGAAAGCCUCACAAAGCUUUGAGCUUCUAAUCCUUCAAGAAUUUGUAGACCCAUUUGUCUUUAAAACCUUCAAGGAUCGGCAGCCCACAUCAGAUUCCUUCAAGUUUGGAUUGAAGAGAGCCCUAACAUGGGAUAAAUCAAUCUUAAAAGAAACAACCCUAUUUCCAAAUGUCAAGGCCCAACCCAACUCUCCAAAAGAAAAGAUAAAAUGAUAAUUCAGCAAAUGCAUGUGGCCAUUUUUUUAAAAAUACACGUGCCCUCCCUAUCCUCUUUAAAAGAACACGUGCACUCCUUAUCUUUGCCAGCACUUGACAAAUCUGAUAAAAUUCUUUUAAAAAUUGACUUUAAGGAGGAGCAGGAAUUUAGGGAAACGAUCCCACUUGACCCGCGACCAACCUCCUGAUAAUCCGGGGCUACCUUAAUUACUUCCUGAGACUGGGAACCGCUCUGGUUCACCGCCGGCGACCUAACAAGCACUGCGUCCCCAGUAGCCGAGACCACCUCUUAUGGGAAAACCUCAUUCUGAGACUUACUUGGCGGCUCCAGAUUUAUAGAUACAGAUUUCUGUCCCUGGGUCCUUUUCUUGACCCAAAUUUUCCUGCCCACUCUUCUUGAAAAACCAGAUGAGCCUCCCAGGUUUCCAAUUUUGAACAUUCUUAAGGAAAUGAAGAUACCAUCAUAUGGCAGAGUGAUGAAUUCAGGAAUGAAUCCAUCCGGCUUUCCCACUACCUUCAAACGAGUGGAUGACACAUCUUCCAAAUCCAAAGUGCUAUUAUCCACCUCCAUCAAUCCCCUGCAUAAAUCCCCUAUCACCUUAAAAACAUGUAUAUUCCACAAGUUAAGUGGUAAUCCAUCCACUCCAAUCCAUUCUUGAAAGCACAUAAACUUCUUCUCGAGCAAUUGGGAUUUCCAUGUCCAAGAAGAGAUAGAGAUCAAGCAUUUAUUCGAAAAAAGUAUCUCCCUUUUAGAAAUCAGAUUCUUUUGCAACUCAGCAGAGGGACACCAAAGAAUGGCUCUAUCAUCAGACAAGAACGACAAUUCCAAAUGAUUCCCAAACUGUUUUUGGAAAUUACUAAGAACAAACUCCCAUGCAUUCACACCUCCAGAUUGGAUCAACAUCAUAGCAAAACCUUUCCUCAUCGACAAGGCCGUAGUAGAGUUAUUCUGUAGAGAGUCCUUACGAUCAACCGCGGCCUUCACUGACACCACUUCCGCCCAGGAAUGCUUAGAGACCCUUGGAUCUGAAUAAAUUUUCCUUAUUGACUCCUUUUCCUUUCUUCCAACCACCCCAAUGAGGCACUUUUCCAUCUCCAUCCAGCUUGACUCCCAACCAUCGUCAGGUAUAAUAAUGCUUCUGACCAAGCUAUUCCUCAACGUGGACACUUUGAGGAAAACGCCUCUAAUGUUCUUGAAACAUUCAACGUAAACAGUCAUUGAAAAGUUUCUAAAAGAGCUCUUGAACCCCACCCUAUCCUCAUCCUUCAGAGAAGCUAUCCUCUGGAUCUCACCGAUCAGCCACCUAGCUCCAUCUAACGACACCAAAAUCUCAUAGCCUGACAAUCUAGUUCUUUCACACAAGCGAACAGUCUCCCCAUCAGCAUUGAGUGAAAACAUGAAAACUUUAUGAGUUGUCCUGAAACUCCAAUACCGAUUAUUGGAAAUCUCAGGAGCAGUAACAUCCUCACACCCAAAAUGAAAAGGAAAAAAGGAUCUCUUAACCCCAUAACCAGAAGGGUCAUGGGGAUCUCGCCUGACCCUCUUAACGCUCAUCUCUCUCACCUCUCAGACAGCUACUGGGACCGGAUCUGAUGACGAAGGAGCAGGUGCAGUACAUGAAAUAGGAGGCCUGUUUGGAGCUGUGUUUGUGGCUGAGACAGGAUCAGAAGAUGUGAUAGAGUAUACCAACAAAUCAUCAUCCUCCCCUUGACAUGUAGAAAUAGGUGAGGAUGGAAAGUAAGGUGUCUUCCAUGAAGGUAACAUCAAUUGAGACGAGAUAUUUGAUGAGACUGAGACAAUGACAUCUAUACCCUUUCUGAAGACGAGAAUAACCAAGGAAUACACAUUUCAAUGACUUUGGAUCUAAUUUAGUGACUUAGCAUACUCAAAAUCAGAAGAAAGGCCAGCUAGAAAACUCAUAAUAGCUAUCUUCUCUCGUUGAACCUUCACAUCAGGUUUAAAAGGCAGCAACAUAUUAAGCUCCUCAUAUGUCUUCUUGAAUGCCAUAAAAUAGUUUAUGAGGGACUGAUCUUGUUUUUCCUCACGGUAAAAGGCUUUGCAAACUUCAUACAUGCCGGAGAGAUUCCUUUUCCAGAGUACAAAAAUUCCAAAUAAUCCAUUAGUUCUUUAACAAAUUCAUAGUGAUUGAUCAAGCCAAUUACCUCACUAUCAAUAGAUUUUCGAAUCUGAAGGAACAAUCGAGCAUCCUCUCUGAGCCAUGUAAGAUCUGCUUUCUCCUUCCAAUCGUCUUUAGGAGGAUCAUUUGUUAAAUGAUCAUCUUUGUCUAUGCUCCGCAGAUAAAGGCGAACAGUCUUACUCCAAUCCAAAUAAUUCGAACCAUUUAGCUUAUGGUCCGUCAUCACCGGCACCACUUCCGUCACAAUCGAUGAUUUGUUCUCAGCCAUAGAGCCUAAACAAAGAGAUAAGACAGCAACCACUAGAACCAAGGUAGAAUCACAACAAAGGACCAAGAACAAACCUUGACAAACUCAAAUUCAGAAGCUAGAUGGACGAAAGCAAAGUACAGACAAACCAGAGACGCAGAGGAGAACAUUCGACAACUGAAAAUUGUGCCACGCGCGCUCACGCGCCGAUGCGUGGAGUGUCGUGGCGGAGGACGGUGGUGCGUGGGGCACGCGCGCAGGGCUUCUUGUCACCAAACUUCGGUGAACGGCCAAUCAGAGGGUGGACUUCUUCGCAGAACAUGUGGCGAGAAUAAAUUAUUUCGCAAAAUAAGGUUUCUGAAAUGGAACCCUAAAAGACACAAAACCCUAAUUUGUGUUUAUAAACCCAAAGAAAAUCUGAAUGUGGAAAACCCUAAAUUCGAACCCUAAAGCUCUGAUACCAUGUUAUCUGAGGUGAAAAGAAUUGUAUUCUUACUUUUCAUUGAAAAAAUGAUACAUAUUUAUAUACAAACUAGUAUAGCUAACUUAGGAAACUAUGUCAAUUAGGAUCUCUACAAUUAUUCUAAUUGAUAACUAAUUGACAGCUAUAUACAUGCUGUAACAGUUUUAGACUUUUCUUUCACGAGGAAUGUCCAAUUUAAGCGACUAUGAUCGUCAACUAGUAACAAGAACCAACGUGUCCCAUUGCUAUUUUGAAUUUUGGAUGGUCCCCAAAUAUCCCCGUGAAUGAGUGAGAAGGGAUGAGAGGGUUGAUGAGGUCUUGGGGCGAAAGAGUGACGAGAGUGCUUAGAAAAUUGACAAAUAUCACACUGAAGAGAUUGAGGGUUUAUAUUGACAAAAAGGGAUGGGAAUAAGUGUUUGAGGUACACGAAAUUUGGAUGACCUAGACGGUAAUUCCAUAAUGUGAUUGUACUGAUUUUAUUGGACUGGUUGACUGAUGCAAGAGAUGGACACUGAGAGAGACAGCAAUGAUUUCUAUGGUUAGACUCAGGGGUCUUGAUUUUUAGCAGAUACAAGCCCUUAUUGAACUCAGCCUGACCAAUCAACAUCCUGAAAAACACAAAAAUUAGCGGUAAACUUAGCUUCACAAUUAAGAUCUCUAUUCAAUUUGCUCACUGAGAUUAAAUUACAAUGAAGUUUGGGAACGUAAAGAACAAAAUUUAAAACAAGACUUGGUGUGAUUGUUAUGGUCCCAAUUCUGUCUAUUUUUGAACACGAGCCAUCUGCUAUGCGGACAGUGCUAUUAUUGGAACAUUUGCUAAUAAAUGAAAAUAAUGAUCUAUCACCUGUCAUGUGGUCUCUCCACAAUCCAAUGGGUAUGAGGGGUUUGAAUAACUUGGAGUGCAUGAGUUGUGCAACUAAAGAGAAAUAUUGUGAAGAGCUUUGUUCUGCCAUAGAGAAAUACGGGCGGAGACGAGGCAAUGGAGCACGGAUGAGCGGCGAGUCGGAGACGAGGAAGACGCCUGAAAAAGAGGGCGUCGGAGGCAGUCAUGCGCCUACAUGCGUCGGCGCGUGGCGUAGCUGGCAAAGGAUGAUAGAGGCGUGUGGGGCUCACGCGCGACUUUGUUGGGCACCGGAGUUCGGGGUUCUGCCGAUCGGAAGCUGGGCAAUCUCCAUGGGCAGGAGGUUUUGUUGUUACCUUUUGACGUGCUGUUAACAACAUAUGAGAUAGCAUUGAUGGACCAGGAUUUUCUUUCUCAGAUACCAUGGCAUUAUGCAGUAAUUGAUGAAGCUCAAAGGCUUAAAAAUCCUUACAGUGUUCUGUAUAAUGUCCUGAAAGAGCGUUUUCUUAUACCAAGACGACUACUGAUGACUGGCACACCUAUUCAAAACAAUCUAACCGAACUUUGGUCUUUGAUGCACUUUUGUAUGCCUUUAGUCUUUGGGAGGCUGGACCAGUUCCUUUUUGCAUUCAAGGAAGCUGCAAAUCCCUCAUCAAGCCAAGUUCUGUCUAUAGUCAAGGAGCAGUUAAAAUGUUUAAAAAGCAUAGUGGGAACCUUCAUGCUUCGACGUACAAAAUCUAGACUUAUUGAGUGUGGAAAUUUAGUCCUGCCACCACUUACUGAGAUAACUGUGAUGGCACCACUAGUAAGCCUACAAAAGAAAGUGUACAUGUCAAUUUUGAGGAGAGAGCUCCCUAAACUGCUAGCGUUCUCAUCUGGAGCCUCAAAUUAUCAGUCCUUACAGAAUACUGUAAUACAGUUACGAAAAGCUUGUAGCCAUCCGUACCUAUUCCCUGGCCUUGAACCUGAACCAUAUGAAGAAGGUGAACACCUGGUUAAGGCCAGUGGAAAACUUAUUAUUUUGGACCAGCUACUUCACAAGCUACAUGAUUCGGGACAUCGUGUUCUUCUCUUUGCCCAGAUGACUCAUACUCUGGACAUUCUACAGGAUUUUUUGGAGUUGCGACGAUAUUCUUAUGAGCGUCUUGAUGGAUCAGUUCGAGCUGAGGAACGGUUUGCUGCUAUAAGAAGCUUCAGUAGACAAUCAGCUGAAGGAAGUUUGAGUUCCCAAGCUGAAGGAAAUGGUGCUUUUGUCUUUAUGAUUUCUACUAGGGUUGGGGGAGUUGGUUUGAAUCUUGUAGCUGCUGAUACUGUCAUUUUCUACGAGCUAGACUGGAAUCCACAGGUUGACAAGCAGGCUUUGCAGAGAGCACACCGUAUUGGUCAAAUGAUUCCUGUGUUGUCUAUUAGUCUUGUUACUGAACAUACUGUGGAAGAGGUCAUUAUGCGGAGAGCAGAAAGGAAGUUGCAGCUUAGCCAUAAUGUUGUAGGAGAUGAUGUUGAAAACCAAGAAAAUAAAGAAUCUGCAGGAGUUGAAGCUGGUGAUUUGCGUUCUGUAAUAUUUGGGUUAGGUAUAUUUGAUCCUACUGAGAAAAGAAAUGACGAUAUUGAGGAAUUACAGAAUUCAGAGUUGAACUCAAUGGUUGAGAGGAUAAUUGCAAUAUGUCAUGAACAAGUUGCUGGUAAGGAUGGCAGGAAAUUUGAAGUUAAUUCGACGGAUAUGUUAAAGGAAUGUCCUUUUUCUCAACGAGAAGAAGCUGUGUCUUUAAGUUUUGGUUUUGAUGAGGCAUCAUACUUCUCGUGGGUUGAAAAAUUUAAGGAGGCAUCCAAAACAAGUGGAGACCAAAUCAUUGGUUUGGGAAGAAGGGACCUAGAUGAGAAUAAACAUGCUAAACUUGAGGCUGCAAAGAAAAAGGUCGAGGAUGAGAAAUUGCUAAAGUGGGAAGCCCUUGGCUAUCACUCGCUGUCUGUCAAACACCCUAUUAUCCCUUUGGAUGAUGAUUCGAUGUUAGAAUUGGGUUCUGUUCAGUUUGUUUAUGGAGAUUGUACCAGUCCUUCAAAUACUUGUCCAUCUGAGCCCACCAUUAUAUUGAGUUGUGUUGAUGAUUCUGGAAACUGGGGACGUGGAGGUAUGUUUGAUGCGCUGACUAAACUAUCUACAAGUAUACCUGAGGCUUAUAAUCGAGCUUCUGAAUUUAAGGACCUACAUCUUGGUGAUCUUCAUCUCAUAAGACUGAAUGCAGAUACUACUCACAGUGAGUCUCCUAUUACUCACCCUAUCUCAGCCACAGCUCCAGGCAUGCCUCCGCCUCCUAUUAAAGUGUACACCAGGCGUCUGCCUCCUGUGUCAUGUUCUGCACCUGCUUCUUCGUUAUCAGAUCCAGUGUCAAGCGAUGAUCUUCCCAUUGCGCUACGCAAAGAGAACUCUGAUAAACAGAAUACUCAUCGGAAUACAGAUGGAAAUACUCCUCAAUGGGUGGCUUUAGCCGUUGUACAGUCUUACAAUACUAGGCGUAAAGUACCCCGUAGUAAGAUAUCUAUACUGGACCUGGAAUGUUGCAUAUCGAAGGCAUCCUUUAUGGCAGCACAAAACGCUGCUUCAAUCCACAUGCCACGAAUUGGUUAUCAAGCUGGAUCAGAUCGGUCUGAGUGGUACACCAUUGAACGUCUUCUUCGAAAAUAUGCAUCCAUUUACGGCAUAAAUUUUUUAGUGUACUAUUACCGAAGGCCAUCGUGAGAGGAAUAACUGUUGUUACAAGUUGCAGCAUCCUAGACAUGUAUCCUAGACGUGUAUGUUUUUUAUCCUAGAUAUACACUUAAUAUUUUAAGAGUUAUGUCAAGGCACUACAACUGGUCUACUUAGUCUCAAUGUCCCAACAACAGCUCAAAGACAUUGUAUUCUACUAGGCUUGAAUAAUUAAAUUUUUGGGCUAUUGUGGAAGAGGUCAGAGUUCAUGUAAUAAUAAUUGUAAUCUGUACCUUCAAAUUUCAUAGCUGGUUUCUCCACAAUGACGUUUUGGGAUUUGUUGAAUGGAGGCCCUCUCAAAGAUUUCCAGACUUAUUCUUAGAGAGGAGGCUCGCUGUCAAUUACAGGGUUUAAAGUGGCCUCUGGUGUCCAUCUUAUGUAUGCUGAUAAUACUUUAUGUUUUGUAAAACAAAUGUUGAAGAGUUUCCUUGAUACUCGUUGCUUAUGGUCUGGCUAAUCUAUUAAUUUUAAUGUUGCCAAAUC